GAUAUCCUCGACCAUCCCUCCAUCACUAGAAGCGACCUCAGCAGCAACUCCCCCACCAGCAGUUGCGAUGAAUCUAGACCCUCCACCACCGUGUCCAUCAUGGUUAAGCCUGCAGAUCCAGAGAACAGAAUCAACCUGACAGGCUUGCCUGAUGAUGAAAGUGACCUGAAGAGCAGUAAGCUUGAGGACAGUGACACUGCUAAAGACAAUGAGAACAACAAGGACAAUGAUGAAGACACUGAAGUCAAGAAGAAGGCGCAGAGAAAGACAAAGACAAAGAAGAAGAACUACUUCCAAUGCGCCUUCUCCUGGAUAAAGAAGAAGUGUUCAGGCUUCUGUGACAAGCUCAAAAAGAACAUUCAAAGUUCAUCCUCAUCUUCCUCUGAGGAGAGUACCACAAGCCAGCGUUCCGAAGUCUCAACAGGCUACACGUUCGUGAAAGAAAUCGGACAUGGAGGCUUUGCAUUAGUGGUGGAAUGUGUGAAGAACGACACCGAAGAGCACGUGGCUGUAAAGGUGCCCGAAUGGAGCAAUCUAGACCAUGAGGCGGAAAUCAUGAAAAAGCUCGUGAGCCACAACUCGAAGCAGUCAAACAUCAUCGACUACAAAGGAGACAUCUUCAUAAAAAAUAAGCGGCAACUGGUGUUUGAAAAAUUGGACAUCAGCCUGUGGGACUAUUUGCGGAAUUCACAACAGCCAAUGCCACUGGAACACGUCCGCACAAUUAUUGAGCAGCUGGCUGUAGCUCUGGAUACGACAAAGAGUGCUGGCAUAAUCCACGCUGAUCUGAAGGAAGACAACAUCAUGAUGGUGGAUCGUGUGAAGCAGCCCUUCAGAGUCAAACUCAUUGACUUUGGUGAGGCCGAGUACAGCUCCAAAACCAAAGCGGGAAAGCUCCUCCAAGUAGUUGCAUAUAGAGCUCCAGAAAUCAUCCUGGGCCUGCCGUAUUCUGAGGCCAUCGACAUUUGGUCAUUAGGCUGCGUGAUGGAGAGGAUGAUGACUUCAGAUGGUCUCUUCGGAACAGACUCCGAAUACUGGACACUCCUACGCAUGAUCGGUCUGUUGGGUCCGCCGCCACAACAUGUCAUCGAUGCUGGACGAAGAUCAGAAUUAUUUUUUCAGAAAAUGCCUGAUGGUUUGUGGCAGCUGAAGAGACCUACAGAGUGUUUUGGGACCCAUUUCGACGACGCAGUUUACCAGUUCAGCUCUCUGGAUGAAAUCGAAACGGUGUGCUCUGAGACGGACAACCUAGCAGAGGCUGAUGAGAGAAAGGAGUGCAUCGAGCUCCUGAAGGCGAUGCUUCAAUGGGACGAGAAAGACAGAAUCACCCCCAGUGGUAUCCUGAAGCAUCCCUUUAUCACGAGAAGCUACCUCAGCAGCAACUCCCCCACCAGCAGUUGCGAUGAACCGAGACCCUCCACCAGCCUGUCCAUCACGGUUAAGCCUGCAGAUCCAGAGAACAGAAUCAACCUGACAGGCUUGCCUGAUGAAGAAAGUGACCUGAAGAGCAGUAAGCUUGAGGACAGUGACACUGCUAAAGACACUGAGACCAGCAAAGACAGAAACAAUGAUGAAGACACUAAAGGCAAUGAGAAGGACCAGAGAAGGACAAAGACAAAGAAGAAGAACUGCUUCGAACGCAUCUUCUCCUGGAGAAAGAAGACGUUCUGCUGCUGCUGCUGUGUCCAAGUUUAAGGAUGUGAUACGUCUGAUGUGAUGAACUGAGCAGCACUAAUGGACUGGAUCCACAUUUCGGACUUACAGUUCCUUUUUUUUUUUUUUUUUGUUUUAAAAUCAAUAAAAGUCCGUAUCAGUUCCUGACCUCAGCAUCGUUCGCUGGGUUUACCUUCACCCCAACCGGUCGAGGCAGAUGGCCGCCUUGUCUGAGCCUGGUUCUGCCGGAGGGUUCUUCCUGAAAAAGGGAGUUUUACCUCCCCACUGUCGCCAAGUGCUUGCUCAGACAGGGAAUCCAAAGGAAACUUUGGAUUUGUUGGAUUUCUCUGUAUUAUUUUGUCUUUACUUUCCUCAUUGAAGUGUCUUGUGAUGACCCAUUUGAACUGGUGAAUAAAAUGUAUUGAAAAUGAA